AUGGAACUGGAGAACAUGAAGCUACGGUACAAGCAUGGUCGCAAUUUUCUUGGUUUGGCCAAACCAAUCAACGACCUGUCCACCAUGUCGUAUGAGGACCUGAAGAAAUUACUCAAACCGAAGCCACAGGCUGUUGCCUCCUCCAGCUCGUCGAAGCUGUUGAAUGGAUUGCCGUCAAUCAAAACUGCCGUGUCCACCACUUGCAGCUUGCAAAGGUCCAAUUACUCCUUAAAUGGCACGGGCGCAUCUAUGGGUAAUUUAGUAACGCCGACCUUUACAGCCAUUAGCGUCACGGUCGUGUUUAUCCUCAGUACAACCGCCAAUGGUCUGGUGCUGUAUCUGUUCUCUCGUGUCCGCAACCUAAAAAGGAAACCCUUUUAUGUCUUUGUGCUUAAUCUGACCAUAACAAAUUUUGUUUACUGUAUCUGGGAAAAUGCAUUCGAUAUUGGAGCUGCCUUCUCUCCCAGCUACUGGAAAUCCAGGAGUUCUGUGAUAUGUUCGGUAUAUUUAUACAGCAAUUACAUGAUACAAUCCGCAACUUGCAACGCUCACUUACUGAUCACCUUAAAUCGACUCUGGGCAAUCUUGUUUCCACAUUCGUACAGAACUCAUCAAAAAGUCAGUGUUUUUGUCGCCAUUUGCAUGGCUAAAUGGAUCUUCGUCCACGUCAUUAUGCUGCCGGGACUUAUCAGCGAUGGCCUGUACUAUCGAGAAGAUCCACCAGCGACGGUUGAAUCCACUAUCAGCGCAAAAAGGACUGGCCUGUUCCGAAACAGCUCGCAAAAGAUGCUUCUCUUAACACUGCUAACCGUAAGCGUGAUGAUUUGUUGGACGCCGAAUUUUAUCGCCUUUACGCUGUACUCGUUUAUCCCUCUACCGGACGAUCUCACCAUAUUUAUUGUAGUUACGUUCAUGUACAGCGUGCAAGCGCUUAUGGAUCCGGUUCUGUUUUUAGUGGCACUUCGCGAUCUCAGAAUUGCAUUCCUACAGUUACUGACGUCGUGUAACUGCAGAAAGUAAUAACUACCCGGGUAGACGGAUUAAUUGUCAUUGCUACCGAUUGCCGAUUGGGCGUCACUUUGUUCAAGCAUGGAAGAAACAAGAACUACACGAAACAACAAUGGGAAAGGUCACUGCGGUCGAGGCUAGUGUGCGAAAUGAUUGUCAUGGUCCUGCCCGAUGAUUAACGCCUCCAUCAUUAUUACCACGACAAACGCUGCGCCUAAUGGGACAACAGCUGCCAGCAAUUCGAUCACCCCAGUUUCUCAGCCAUCAGCACAACAAUUGUGUUUUUUCUCAGUGUGCCAGCCAAUGUGCUUGUUCUAUUUCUCUUCUGUCGUCUCAACAACUUUAACCG